ACUCACACUAAGGAUCUUACCUUGUACAACAGCUCAAACCUACCACUCCUGACACCAUGAGCCACUACAGCGGCUACUACGGAGGCCUGGGCUAUGGCUAUGGCAGCGGCUUUGGAGGCCUAGGCUGUGGAUGUAACAGCAUCCGCAGACUGGGCUGUGGCUCUGGCUAUGGAGGCUUUGGAUAUGGCUCUGGCUUCGGAGGCUUUGGAUAUGGCUCUGGCUAUGGCGGCUAUGGAUAUGGCUCUGGCUUCAGAGGCUAUGGAUGUGGCUGCCGCCGCCCUUCAUGCUGUGGAGGAUAUGGGUUCUCCAGUUUCUACUGAAAUCCUGUUCCAGUAACUCAGCAUUUGAUACCCUCACUAGUUGUUCUGAGAAAUCCUAGCCAAGAAGCUUUGGUGGUGCUAAGCCAACUGAACACGUCAAAUUCUACAAUUUUAAAGACUCCAUUUAUAAAAUGUCUCUGAACCCUAAGCUUGGGCACUAAGUGUUAGUUUAUGUUCAAUUGCCAAUAAAUGAUUCAAUAAGAGAU